GGUCAGCCGGAGCCCACUCGCCCGCGGCCGAGCGGCAGUCACGACUGUGCGGUCGUCGCCGAGGUGGCCGCGGGCGCGGCGGGGCGGGCGCGCUCUCCCCCAGCCCAGGCGGGUGCCGGGGAGGUGGGCAGGGCCGGGGCGGGGGCGAGGCCGGAGGAGGGCGCGGCGGCGCCUCGGCGAGGAUGGGAGUCCCCGGCCUCAGAAGCUGAGCGGGCCUGCGCGCGGCGGGGAGGGCGCUCCGGAGGGAGGCGAACCUCGCUGUUCCUCCGGGAGCCCAACACCGUUCCCGCGCCGCCACGAUGAUCCCCCCGAGCGGCGCCCGCGAGGACGGCGUGGACGGGCUGCCCAAGGAGACGGCGAGCGCCGAGCAGCCGCCCUCUCCUGCAUCCACCGGCAGUCAGGAAUCCAAGCUCCAGAAACUAAAACGAUCACUUUCUUUCAAGACCAAGAGUUUACGGAGCAAAAGUGCUGACAACUUCUUCCAGCGAACCAACAGCGACGUGAAGCUGCAGGCGGACGUGCUGGCCGAGGUCAGCCCCAGCUCCAGCCCGCUCCCUGCCCCCGGAAGCCUGACCUCCACACCCACCAGGGCCGGCCUGUACCCCAGCGGCGGAGGCAAGGCCCACGCCUUUCAGGAGCACAUCUUCAAGAAGCCCACUUUCUGUGACGUCUGCAACCACAUGAUCGUGGGUAAGCCCUGCCCCUGCCCGCCUCCUGCAGGUCCCCGCAUCUCUGGAAAGCCAGGAACAAAUGCUAAGCACGGACUGCGCUGCAAGGCCUGUAAGAUGAGCAUCCACCACAAGUGCAUGGAUGGCCUGGCCCCCCAGCGGUGCAUGGGCAAGCUGCCAAAGGGGUUUCGGCGUUACUACAGCUCCCCCUUGCUCAUUCAUGAACAGUUUGGAUGCAUUAAAGAAGUUAUGCCGAUUGCCUGCGGCAAUAAGGUGGACCCUGUGUAUGAGACCCUCCGCUUCGGCACCUCGCUGGCCCAGAGGACAAAGAAGAGCAGUUCGGGCAGCGGCUCCGACUCGCCUCACAGAACCUCGACUUCAGAUCUCGUGGAGGUUCCGGAAGAGGCUGACGGGCCAGGAGACGGGUAUGACCUGCGGAAGCGGAGCAACAGUGUGUUCACGUAUCCAGAAAAUGGCACUGACGAUUUCAGAGACCAAGCAAAGAACGUAAACCACCAGGGACCUCUUUCCAAAGACCCAUUUCAGAUGAACACCUAUGUUGCCUUGUACAAAUUUGUACCACAAGAGAAUGAAGAUUUGGAAAUGAGGCCAGGAGACAUGAUUACUCUCCUAGAGGACUCUAAUGAAGACUGGUGGAAAGGGAAAAUUCAAGACAGAAUUGGCUUCUUCCCAGCCAACUUUGUUCAGAGAGUACACCAAAAUGAGAAGAUUUUUAGAUGUGUUAGAACCUUCAGUGGGUGUAAGGAACAGGGGCAGAUAACACUGAAAGAGAAUCAGGAUGUCCAGAAACACGUGUAAAAGCAGUGGUGAUGUAGCUGACACUGCUGAGGACCCGGAGGAACUCACACCACAGGAAGUGACAAGGGGGCUUUCUUUAUCUGAGGAGGCACUGUUAGCUUUUGACAUGCAGGACCCGAACAUAGAGUGGUCCACGAAGGUUGAAGCAGCUGUGCAGAGUGCAGUCCAGUGCUACUGUGUCAUCUAUGAUGAGGAAAAAAGAACUACUUCCCAGACAUCGCUGGAUCAUUUUUUUCAAGAGGGUAGAUAGAAUUGAAUCCAGCAAGGAACCAGAACCUUUGCCAUCAAGGUCAGGUGUGAGUGAAAUCACAGCUUGCCCUCCGUUCUCUAUUGCUGACGAUCCUUCAGCUCUACCAUCUCCCACCUUCUCUCCCUCCUCUAGUCAAUAACUCCUCUUGCCUGUUCACUCAGUGCCAGCUGUUGUACUGUACUGCUGUACUUUUCAAGGUGCUGUCCUGUAAAAAUGUCCUCUUUAUUUUUUUUGUUUCUUUUUUAUGUGUUAUUUGCAUGGGAAGUAUUAGGUUGGCCCAAAAGUUCCUUUUGUUUUUUUCAUAAGUUGGCUCUAGUAGUGCUUAGCUGUCUUUAACUUCAUUCAAAACAAUUUUGUUAGAUUGUAUAGUGUGACAUCUGUCAUGUCAGCAUGCAUUUAAAAAAAAAUCAAAAUUGGUGAAUUUUUGUGUAGCAUUUUUAUAUUGAAGAUAGAAGUAAAAAGCAACAUUAUCAGCAUAUUAUGCUUUAUUAUUUCAAGAAAGAUAAAAACACAACUAAAAUGCAAAAAAAAUUUGUGCACUGUAUGGAGAAGAUGCUGUGACUGAUCAAAAGUGCCAAAAGUACUUUGCAAAGUUUUGUCCUAGAGAUACCUCGCUAGACAAUGGUAGACCAGUUGCAGUUGAUAGUGAUCAGAUCAAGACAUUAAUUGAGAACAGUCAACGUUAUACCACUUGGGAGAUAGCCAACCUACACAAAAUAUCCAAAUUGAGCAUUGAAAAUCAUUUGCACCAGCUUGGUGAUGUUCAUCACUUUGAUAUUUGGGUUCCACAUAAGUUAAGUGAAAGAAACCUCCUUGACCAUAUUUCCACAUACAAUUCUCUUCUUAAACGUAACAAAAAUGUUCCAUUAACAAAUUGUGAUGGGCAGUGAAGUGGAUACUGUACAAUAAUGUAGAAUGGAAGAGAUAGUAAACCACCACCAACCACACCUAAGGCGGCUCUUCAUUCAAAGAAGGUGAUGUUUUGUAUAUGGUGGGUUGGAAGAGACUCCUCUGCUAUGAGCUCCUCCAAGAAAAAGAAACAAUUAAGUCCAAGUACUGCUCCCAGUUAGACAAAAUGAAAGCAGCACUCGAUGAAAACCAUCUGAAAUUAGUCAACAGAAAACUCAGUCUCCCAACAGGAUAAUGCAAGACUGCAUAUUUCUUUGAUAACCAGGUAAAAACUGUUGCAGCUUGGCUGGAAAGUUAUGAUUCAUCUGCUGUGUUCACAAGACACCACACCUUCAGAUGUCUAUUUAUUUCAGUCUUUAUAAGAUUCUCUUAAUGGAAAAAAAAGUUCAGUUCAUGGAAAGACUGUAAAAGGCACCUGGAAUAGUUCUUUGCUCAAAAAGAUAAAAAGCUGGGAAGAUGGAGGCAGAAGGUAGUGGAACAAAAUGGUGAAUAUGUUGUUCAAUAAAGUUCUUGGUGAAAAUGAAAACUGUCUUUUAUUUUUACUUAAAAACUGAAAGUACAUUUUAUCUAACCCAAUAUUAUAAACCUUUUACAGUAUAGUACUAUAUAACUGACUGUGUUAGUUGGGUAACUUGGCUAACUUUGUUGGGCUUAUGAACAACUUGGACUUACAGACAUGUUUUGGAAUGGAACUGGUUUGUAUUUAGGGGACUUACUGUAAUUUGUUACAGCAACCACAGGAAACCAAUCUACAUUUGUUUCAUAUGCAAAAGCAACUUGGCAGACGUGAUUAUGUCACAGGUUAUGGACCCUGUGGCAGGGGGUAGCCUGGACUGUCCAAAUUGGCCAAAUCUAAUCACCUGGGCCCUUGAAGGCAGUGAAAUAUAGCUUCCGGGAGCCAGAGAGAUGCAGCAAAAGAGGGUAGAAGAGAGAUGAGGCAGAAGGGUAGGUCACAGAGAGAUUAAGUGUGGACUUAAGGGAAGGACUCAGCCCGCCCUUGCUGGAUGAAGAUGUGGGAAGGGGCCUCAAGUCAGGGAGUUCAAGUGGCCUCUAGAAACUGAGAGUGACCCGGGGCCGGCAGCCAGCAAGGAAACCGGGACCUCAGGCCCACAACUGCAAGUAACUAAAUGCAGCAACAACCUAAAUGAGCCUGGGACAGGAUUCUCUCGUAGAGAAACAGGAGGGAAGAAAAGGGAAUAGGACCUACUGACUCCUUGACAUUGGCCUUGUGAAACCCAGAGCAGAGAAAAUUAGCCAAGCCCACCAGAUAUAGGACUUAGAAAGCUGUGACACCAGACUGUUGGGGUGUUCUGUUUUGUUUUGGUAGCCCUGAUGUUUUUUAUUUUUUUAAUUAAUUUUUAUUGGAGUAUAGUUGCUUUACAAUGUUGUCUUAAUUUCUACUGUACCACAAAGUGAGUCAACUAUAGGUAUACAUAUUGGAUUGUGUUGUUGAAAGCCACUGAGUUCAUGGUAAUUUGUUAGGACAGCAGUAGUAAACCAAUACAUAUCUCAAGUUGCAAAACUCCAAUUGAGGCGACUUCCAAAGGUAUGUUUUACUAAGAUAAUAAGAGAUCUGGAUACAGGGCAGUUCUUGGAUUUGUAAUUCAGCAGUUUGAUCCCAGAAUCAAGGAUCUGCAUUCCUCCAUCCCUCUGUUAUGCUAACGUUGAAAUGCUAGCCACCUCCCCUAGUGGUCACAGAGGGUUGCAGGCCCUCCAAGAAUCCUUGGCAGAAGAAAGAGAUUUUUCUUCCCAGUGCAUUUCUUACAAGAAGAAAACAAAUCUUCCCAGAAGUUUCCAAGCAGAUAGUCCUUCCUGUUUCAUUGGCUAGAACGAGUCCCAUGGGAACCACGAGGCGAAUCGCUGGCACAGAGGACAGAAACACAUUUGGACCAAUUAGGAUUUAUCUGAGUCCUGCAGGCUACAGAUGAACAACAGAACAAAAGUCCCCACUCUGCUGCAUGGGAAGAGGGCAGUGAUGACUGUUGAUGUCAACCAAGCAUGUCUGUGGCAUCUUUUAGUCCGGUAGAUUUAUCCUUAGUCCAGCAGCACAACUUGCUCCUGUCAUCAGUUGAGCUCACCUCCAAAGGUCUUAGAGAAAUUUCAGCUUCUGGAAUGGUUGUCAGUCUGAGUGUUCAGUAUUUCGACACUUCUUCUCCAACUCCAAUUCCCUAUCUUUUCCCAGGUAUUUUGAGAGGAAGACUGAAUUCUCAAGAGUUCUAGGCAAGAAAUCUUUUGAAAUAAAAUGACUGUCCAUCUGAUCUAAGUGGCAGCAUAUUUAAAUGUUAAUGAGCGUGGAGGCAGGACUGCCCAAGUGGCUCAGAGGUAAAGAAUCCACCUGCAAUGCCCAAGAUGCAGGAGACAUGGGUUCGAUCCCUGGGUUGGGAACAUCCCCUGGAGGAAGGCAGGGCAACCCACUCCAGUAUUCUUGCCAGGAAAAUACCAUGGAUAGAAGAGCCUGGCAGGCUACGGUCCAUAGGGUUGCAAAGAGUCUAACACAGGACUGAAGUGACUGAGCAUGUACGCACACACUAGCUUGAAGGCAAUGCAAGGGGAAACCUUAUUAGCAUAUGUGCUCUCAGAAGUGAGUUAGACUGUACAACUUUAGCCAGAUAGGCCCAACAUGGGAUGGAGCCAAGGGGGGCACUUAACCCACAGGUAGGAGAUUUUUGAAACAUGAAUCAGGCACCAGUCCAUGGUGUGCCCCCAGCAUCAGGAGUCACACAUCAAGCUCUCUAAGUAUCCUGAUAUGUAACUAUAAAGCUCCUUAUUCUGUGUCAAAGAGCCCACUCUGUUGGUUUCUGUUGGAGCCCUGUCUGCAUCUCCUUCACUAGAUGGGGACACCGUCUUCUAGUUGCUGUGUCAAUGACUAGCAACUCAUAGCUGCCCUUUCUCCAGCGAAUCCCCCAGAGAGGUUAUGCUUCUCACUUAACAGUGAUAUCUAUAUCAACAUGUGGUCCAAAUUGCCAGACCCCUUGCUUCUAAGGGAGUCAAUCACACAGUUAAAACUCUGGAGGUUGCUGUAGGAUCAGGCUGAGGUUCACGUCCAGCUGAGCCCAUAAGCUUUCCAGCUCCUUCUCCUGCCCCAUCCUGUUUCCCUCACUUCCCACCUCCCCGGGGCACUCCCACAGCAGCUCACUUGUGCAAGGAUUCUUAUCUCAGGCUCUGUUCCUAGGGAAUUCAACCUAAGACACAACCCACCACCCUUGGGAGUAAGUUCAACAGGAGAAACUCACAACACAGUAAUAGCCCUUUGAAACCACUUUUCCCUUACAGCUGGAACAUACCCACCCUUCCAUUCCAUUUGAAAGUCGCUCACUUGUGCCCAACUCUGUGACCCCAUGGACUAUACAGUCCAGGGAAUUCUCCAGGCCAGAAUACUAGAGUGGGUAGCUGUUCCCUUCUCCAGGGGAUCUUCCCAACCCAGGGAUUGAACCCAGGUCUCCCGCAUUGCAGGCAGACUCUUUACCAGUUGAGCCACAAGGGAAGCCCUUACAUGCCCUUCAAUGUCAUGUAAAGGGUGAAUGACAAAGUACCCAAGUAGAUAUUAACCACCUCCUUUUAAAGUCUAGUGUAGGCAAUCCUGCUCUGAAAUAUACAACAAAUGAGUGUGUGUGUGCUCAGUCACGUCCAACUCUUUGCAACUCCAUGGAGUGUAGCUUUCCAGGCUCCUCUGUCCAUGGGAUUCUCCAGGCAAGAAUACUGGAGUGGGUUGCCAUUUCCUUCUCCAGGGGAUCUUCCCAACCCAGGGAUCAAACCCACGUCUUUGUGUCUCAUGCAUUAGCAAGCAGAUUCAUUGCCACUGUGCCACCUGGGAAGCCCCAAAGUAUGCAAGGUAUUGGCAUCUGUUUGUUUGGGACCAGGAAUGAAAUAACUUCCUUUGACUUCCUGAUAUUUUACGUAUAAACUUCCAGGCAUAUGACAGGAGCCCUCUAAGUGGUGGCUGUUCUUUUGGAUUAUAAAAUAAUGCAUCAAGACUCACUGAGUGGCACGUGCUAGGCUCUGUGCUAAACGGUAUUCUGUCCUUCUGGGGUCUCUCAACAGGGACACUUGAGAAGGGAACGCAGAAUCAUCACCUCCAGUCCUGCUUUACUGAUCCCCACUCAUAAAGCUAAAUCUCAGAAAACAUUGCAUGCCUGGAUCUAGUUCCAAACCCAGGGUGGUACCUAAUUUCUUAUCAAAUAUUUUUCUGUCCAAGCCACAAUUUCCCUAAACCAGUCCCUCUUUUCCCAUUUGGUGUCCGCUGACCUCAGCCAGCAGUGAUACAAGCUGCGGGUUCUGGCUUCUUUCCUUUACACACGUGUCUUUUCUUC